UUUCCCCAUCUUUCAGAACCUUCUUCCGUCCCCACUCACCUUCUCCAUCUCAUAAAUCCAAACUCCAAAAUCAUCCAAUCCCCAUUCUCUCAAUCCAUAACUCAAUUGAACCAUCCCCCAACCCAAAUGGAGUUUUUCCAGAGGGCAAAAUCCGUCCGGCUAAAAAGCUACCACCACAAAUACUUACUAGCCGACGAAGACGGGGAACACGUGUCCCAAGACCGUCAAGCCACAGUAAAAAACGCUCGCUGGACGGUAGAAUUCGACCCCGAUUACGACAACGUCAUCCGGUUAAUAUCCUGUUACGGCCGCUACCUCACCGCAUCAGAGGACCACCACUUACUCGGUGCAACCGGUCAAAAGGUCAUCCAAUCCGUUCCCCGUAAAAUUGAUUCGUCUGUUGAGUGGGAACCCGUUCUAGAAGGUUCCAAAGUCCGGUUGAAAACCAGAUACGGUAAUUAUUUACGAGCUAACGGUGGAGUGCCUCCCUGGAGGAAUUCGAUUACUCAUGAUAUUCCUCAUAGGCAUCAUAAUUGGAUCUUGUGGGAUGUUGAAGUUGUGGAGAUCAAUAUGGAUCCACCGAAACAGGUCCCGGAUCCGGAUGUUGAUGUGGAUCUGGAUCUGGAUAGUUCUUCUUUUCGCCUCACUUCGGAUCCUUCAAUUCUGGGGAGUGAUCAGAACUUUGGGUCUGGGAAGAAUGAAGGGAGGAUGAUUUAUUACAAAUUGGCGGAUGAUGAUGGUGUUGUUGUUGAUGCAGAAGGGUCGUUUUUGUUCAAGGGUAAGACCGUAGAGGAUUUGACUCAGAACUUGGAGGAAGAAACAGAACUGGAGAAUAUAACUGUGUGUUCGGUUAACCCUUUGAAUGGCAAGCUUUAUCCCCUUCGGCUAGCAUUGCCGCCAAAUAACACUACUAUGCAUGUUAUUGUAGUGCCUGCAACCUCCAAAGCGGCAAAGGAUUUCUAGCCGAGGAAACUGCACAUUAUUAUUAUUAUUAUUAUCUGCAUCUAAACUCCUAAGCAUGCACGAUAUCAAGACAUGCAAGAGUGAUGUAUAUCUUGUAUCGGUGAAUCAUGAAGAGACAAUGAGUGAUUCCUGUGUAAGUUGCGAUUCAUUCUUGGAAACUUUAAUCCGAAUCUCUUCACCGUCACAACUUUUGUAACAUCAAACACAUUUGAUUUCAGUGUAUUAAAAUUUAAUUUCAUACCCUGAGUUUAAUGCC